AUGGCGCUUCCUUCCAGCUUCGCCGAGAUGGCGCAAGCCACCGGACACGCGCCACACAUGGCCUCAGAUGAUCCCAUCGCAGCCCUCAAGGCGGCUAACUACAAGGGCAAGGGCCUCAUGGAUCCUAUCAAAUCCGUCGAGGACAAAUGGGAGCUCGUCCCCGCUUUCCUCCAGGUCAAAGGUUUGGUCAAGCAGCACAUCGACUCGUACAACUACUUUGUCGACCACGACCUCAAAAACAUCAUCAAGGCCAACGAAAAAAUCACUUCAGAUAUCGACCCCAAAUUCUAUCUCAAAUAUACCGACAUCACCGUAGGUGAGCCGCGCAGAUACGAUGGCGAUGCCUUGCAACGACCGAUCACUCCGCACGAGUGUCGACUUCGAGACAUUACCUAUUCAGCGCACAUCUUUGUCAACAUCGAAUACACCAGAGGCGGCAAGAUCAUCCGUCGCAAAAAUGUCGCCAUCGGGCGCAUUCCUGUGAUGCUGCGCAGUAACAAGUGUGUCCUUGCAAACAAGUCCGAAAAGGAGCUCGCAAAGAUGAGCGAGUGUCCGUUGGAUCCGGGCGGAUACUUUGUUGUCAAGGGCACCGAAAAGGUCAUUCUCGUCCAAGAACAGCUCAGCAAAAACAGGAUCAUUGUCGAGGCAGACACCAAGAAGGGCACCGUCUCCGCCUCGGUCACGUCGUCCACCCACGAGCGCAAGUCGAAAUCGUACGUCCUCACAAAACAUGGCAAAAUUUACCUCAAGCACAACUCGCUCCACGAAGACAUCCCCAUCGCUGUCGCCUUCAAAGCCAUGGGCAUUCAAGCCGACCGUGAGAUUCUGCAGCUCGUCGCCGGCCACGAUGACAUCCACAAAGAACUCUUUGCCAUCAACCUCGAGGAAGCCGCUCGUCUCGGUAUCUACACUCGCAAGCAGGCGCUCGACUACAUUGGGGCACGAGCCAAAGCAUCACGCAAGCCGCUCUCGAUGCGACGUCCUCUCGCCGAGGAAGCCCUCGAUGUGCUUGCCACCGUCAUCAUGGCGCACGUACCCGUCGAUAGGCUCAACUUCCGCCCUAAGGCCAUCUAUAUUGCCUCGAUGGUGCGCAGAGUGCUCAUGGCUAUGCAGGAUGAGAAGAAGGUCGACGACCGCGACUAUGUCGGAAACAAGAGGCUCGAGCUGGCAGGUCAGCUGCUGGCGCUCCUGUUCGAGGAUCUCUUCAAGAAAUUCAACUCGGAUCUUAAGAUCAACAUCGAUAAGGUGCUCAAGAAGCCCAAUCGAACCGUCGAAUUUGAUGCCUUCAACCAAUUUCACUUCAACGGCGACUACAUCACUGCCGGCUUUGUACGUGCCAUCUCGACGGGCAACUGGAGCUUGAAGCGUUUCAAGAUGGAACGUGCCGGUAUCACCCACGUCUUGAGCCGUCUCUCGUUCAUUGCGGCGCUAGGUAUGAUGACGAGGAUCAGCUCGCAGUUCGAGAAAACGAGAAAGGUGUCGGGGCCUCGUGCACUGCAACCGUCGCAAUGGGGCAUGCUGUGUCCCUCGGACACGCCAGAGGGUGAAGCCUGUGGGCUCGUCAAGAACCUUGCGCUCACCACGCAUAUCACCACCGACGUCGAAGAAGAGCCCAUUGCCAGAAUCGCCUUCACCCUCGGCGUCGAAGACAUCCACCUGCUCACUGGUGCCGAGCUCUACCGUCCCGACUCGUAUGUUGUCUAUCUCAACGGUAACGUGCUGGGUGUCACCCGCUUCCCACAGCGCUUCGUGCUGCAGUUCCGUCGUCUCCGUCGUGCCGGUCGCAUCUCCGAGUUCGUCUCGGUCUACACCAACAAUCACCACCAGACCGUCUACAUCGCCUCGGACGGCGGCCGAAUCUGCCGUCCGCUCAUCAUCGUCGACGCCGUCACGGGCCAACCGUGCGUCACCGAGUCGCACAUGCAGCAGCUCAAGUCGGGCGCUCGACGCUUCGACGACUUCCUCUCGAACGGUCUCAUCGAGUACGUCGACGUCAAUGAGGAGAACGACGCCAACAUCGCCAUGUACGAACGCGAGAUCAAGCCGCAGUACACCACGCAUCUCGAGAUCGAGCCUUUCACCAUCCUCGGCGCCGUCGCGGGUCUCAUCCCUUACCCACACCACAACCAGAGCCCCCGCAACACGUACCACUGCGCGAUGGCCAAGCAAGCCCAGGGCUUCAUCGGACACAACCAACUCAUCCGGAUUGACACGCUCCUGUACCUCAUGCUGUACCCGCAGCAGCCGUUGGUCAAGACGCGUACAGUGGAAUUGGUAGGGUAUGACAAGCUGCCCGGUGGAGUCAACGCGAUGCUGGCGGUGAUGUCGUUCUCGGGCUACGACAUUGAGGAUGCGCUGGUGCUGAACAAGGCGUCGUUGGAUCGAGGGUUUGGACGCAGUCAGACGAUGAAGAAGUCGUCGACGGUGAUUCGCAAGUAUCCGAACGGCACGCACGACCGGUUGGCGGAUGCACCCGUCGACGACAGUACGGGCAAGCGGCAGAAGCGGUACGACAUUCUAGAGGCGGACGGUAUCGCUGGUGUUGGUGAGCGGGUGGAACAAGGCGAUGUCUACGUCAACAAGCAGACGCCCGUCAACGCGAACGACAAUUCGUCGGCAGCGAUCAUGAUUGGCGCAUCCAACGCCGCCGCAUCGGUUGCAUACAAAUCAGCGCCGCUCUCCUACAAACCACCCGUCUCGGGCUACGUCGAUCAAGUGCUCAUUACGGACACUGACUCGGACCAGACGCUCAUCAAAGCGCUCAUUCGGCAGACACGACGACCGGAGUUGGGCGACAAGUUUUCCUCGCGUCACGGCCAAAAGGGCGUUUGCGGUCUAAUUGUGCAGCAGGAGGACAUGCCGUUCACCGACCAGGGGAUCAACCCAGACAUCAUUAUGAACCCACACGGUUUCCCUUCGCGCAUGACGGUGGGCAAGAUGAUCGAGUUGCUGUCGGGCAAAGCGGGCGUGGUGACGGGUACGCUGCAAUACGGCACCGCGUUUGGGGGCAGUAAAGUGGACGACAUGUCGGCGCUGCUCGUUGAGAACGGGUACAACUACGCCGGUAAGGAGACGCUCACUUCGGGCAUCACAGGUCAGCCGUUGGAGUGCUACGUCUACUUUGGCCCGAUCUACUACCAGCGCCUGAAGCAUAUGGUGCAGGACAAGAUGCAUGCGCGUGCGCGCGGACCGAGAGCCGUCCUGACACGCCAGCCUACGGAAGGAAGGUCGAGGGACGGCGGUCUGCGACUCGGCGAAAUGGAGCGUGACUGUCUGAUCGGCUACGGUGCUACGCAGCUGUUGUUGGAGAGACUUAUGAUCAGUUCGGACGCCUUCACGGUGCAUGCAUGCCAGCGGUGCGGCUUGAUGGGCUACAACGGCUUCUGCCCCUACUGCAGUAGCAGUAAGCACGUUGUGCAGCUCACCAUUCCAUACGGCACCAAGCUCAUGCUGCAGGAGCUGAUGGCCAUGCAGGUCGUCCCACGGUUAGUGCUAGAGGACGCCGUGUAG